AUUGACAGAAUUGCUCUCAACGUCUCUUCGCGCGAACACACGAAUCGUCGAUGGAGUCAACGAUUCAGUUCGACCAGCUAAUGCACCAGCUUCUUGCUGAAAACAACGAAGCCCGUAAAACCGCUGAAACUUUGUAUGACAGCUUGCCGAAUUCAGUGAGACUUUCCGGUCUUCUGACUGUACUCGAGAGCGGGCAAGAGACGAAGGUGCGUCAGCUUGCGGCUGUUCUUACUCGUCGUAUUGCAAUGUACGUACUCGAUCAGUCCGAAGGGGACGAGUCUGUGUCAAAGUCUCUUCUUAAUGCAGUCAAGGAGAAACUACUUGUUCUUGUGGAAUCAGAAACAAACAAAGUGAUACGGAAAAAGUUGUGUGAUGCAAUAUCGGAGUGGGCUCGAUACAGUCAAGAUGAUGACGGUGUCAACGAGUGGCCAGAUGUUUUGAAAUUUCUUUUUGCAGCAGUGAGUUCUACGUUGGCAGACAUGAAAGAAUGUGCGCUGACAAUACUCACCAAUUUUCCGGGAAUAUUUGGAGAUCAGGAAAGUCGAUAUCGAGAUGUCAUCAAACAGAUGCUUGUACAGUCGUUGAACAGUGAAAGUACGAAGGUCCAAGACCUUGCUGUGAGAGCAAUGGUGGCUUACAUUAACUCUCUGGACGAGAAUUCUCUUAAAGGUCAAUUUGCUGAUCUGCUACCACUGGCAGCUCAGAUUGUUGAACGUUCUGCUGCUGAACAAUCUGACGACGAGGUGUUGAAGAGUAUGAUAGAACUGGCAGAGAAUUCAACGAAGAUGCUGCGGCAGCACUUAUUGUUGCUGUUUGAUGUAAUGCUGAAGAUAUCCGCCGCUACCGAAAUUGACGAUUCCUAUCGACAACUCGGACUCGAAUUUAUCGUCACUGUUGCCGAAGAAGGAAGUGCAAUGGUUCGUCAUCACAUCAAACAUCUAGAUCGGAUUGUUCCACAGGUACUCGCAUUCAUGCUCGACCUCGAGGACUCACCGAAUUGGAGUAAAUUUGAUGAAGAAGUAGACGACGAGGAUUGUGACAGCAAUGCGAUUGCUGGAGAGACAGCGCUUGAUCGGUUGGCUUGUGCGUUGGGUGGUAAAGUUGUUUUACCGUACGUUACAGCGGCAGUUGCACCAAUGAUGGCAAACAGUGAUUGGCGAUAUCGUCAUGCAGCAAUAAUGGCAAUAUCAACCAUUGGCGAAGGAUGUCACUCUCAAAUGCUAGCGAUUCUCUCUCAACUGGUUGAUGCAAUUCUUCCUUUCUUACAAGAUCCGCAUCCUCGAGUACGUUUUGCUGCUUGCAACUGUUUAGGGCAGAUGGCAGUCGACUUUGCUAAAGACUUCCAGAAGAAUUUUCAUACGAAGGUUCUUCCUGCUUUGUUGCAUGUGAUGGGCGAUGUUGAGAAUCCACGAGUUCAAGGACAUGCUGCUGCAGCUGUCUCUAACUUUGUAGAAAAUUGUCCCAAGAAAAAGGUCGUUCCUUACCUGGAGAUGAUACUGUGCACAAUUCAGACUUUGAUGGCAAAUAACUUGCCGAAUUUUAGCGAGAAAAACUCACAAACAAUUAUCGAGCAGCUUAUCACGACUCUAGCAACCGUUGCAGACACAGCAGAGGAACACUUUGUUCCAUUCUACCAUUACUUCAUGCCCAAUCUCAAGUUCCUCCUUCAAUCCUUGACAGCGAAAGAGCACCGAGCACUCAGAGGUCGAGUUAUCGAGUGCAUCAGUCUCAUUGGUCUGGCAGUCGGAAGAGAAACGUUCUUGCCAGAUGCAGACGAUGUGCUUGUGCUGCUUAUUAAGGUGCAGACGGACAGGGAGGAGUUUGAUGAUGACGAUCCGCAGGUUACAUACUUGAUUUCAGCAUGGGCUCGUAUGUGUAAGAUCCUGCAGAAGGAAUUUCUUCCCUACUUACCCGUCGUCAUGCCACACAUUUUGAAGACAGCAAAAAUAGAACCUGAAGUUGCAUUAUUGGAUGUCGACGAUGAUGAUGGUCUGGAUGAGAAUGACUGGGAAAGCAUCACGUUAGCUGAUCAGAGACGAUUUGGUAUCAAGACUGGAGGACUAGAAGAUAAGUGUACAGCGUGUCAGAUGCUCGUGUGCUAUGCACGCGACUUGGAAGAAGGUUUUGUUGAUUAUGUAGAAGAGGUUGCAGUCUUAAUGAUGUCAUUGCUCAAGUUCAUUCUUCAUGAAGGAGUGCGUUUGGCAGCGGCCGAUUCUCUUCCUUGUCUUUUGAAAUGUGCCAGACCUAAAGGUGAUGAGUUUGUCUGUCAGCUGUGGAGCAGCAUGUUCUCUGUCGUUCAAGAAGCGCUAGAUAAAGAGCCUGACAAAGAUGUAGUAGCAGGUUUUCUCGACUCUCUCUGUCAGUGUGUCAAAGAAAUCGGAAAGCAGGGACUAACAAGAGAGCAGACGGGAGAAAUAAUGAAGGUGCUUCAAGUGCGACUGGGAGAACACUUCAAAUCAGUAGCGGACAUACAAGAGAAGAGAAGAGAAGAGGAUUAUGAUGAGGGUGUGGAGGAAGAUUUGCAGUUUGAGGGAGAGACAAACGAAAUGCUGCUCAGCAAAGUUGCUGAUGUUAUUCAUAGUCUGUUUGGUGUACACGGUGAUGCUGUCCUGCCUUAUUUCAACCCAUUGUGCCCGAUAUUUGCUCUGAUGCUGGGACCAGAAAGAAGUCCGGCUGAACAUCAAUGGUCUCUUUGUGUCUUUGACGAUAUUCUGGAAUUUGCAGGAUCUUCUGCUGGUGCAUAUCAGGAGUAUUUUGUCAGACCAAUGCUCGAGUACAUUCUUGACAAACAACCCACCGUCAGACAGGCUGCAAGCUACGGAUUCGGUAUGAUGGCUCAAUUCUGUGGACAAGAAUUUGAAGCAGUGUGUCGUGAGGCUCUACCACGUCUAUGCCAAGUCUGCAGCGAUCCUAACAGCCGAGUUGACUCGGCAUCAAGACACGCAAUGGAGAAUGCUGUUGCAGCUGUCGUGAAAAUGUGCCAACACAAGCCAGCAAUCGUCCCCCUUGACGAGGUACUACCCUUGUUCUUAAACUGGCUACCGGUCACAGAGGACAGCGAAGAAGCAGAACACAUCUACAGCUAUUUCUGCCAGCUUAUUGCAAGUAAUCAUCCGUGUAUACUUGGAGCUGGUCACUCGAAUUUACCAAAGAUUUUAGCAAUAAUGGCGGAAGCUCUCAACUGUGGGGUACUCGACGAUGAGACAAAGGGAAUUUGUGAAGCAAUGAGCACAAUUAUCAAACAAAUCCGGAUGUCUGGAGAUAUUUGGUCUGCUUGUUUAGAACAGCUGACUGAAGAGCAACGCACAGUUGUGCUCGAGACGACUACUACAUUAGAGGGUUAAGAGAAACUGAAUGAAGCAGGAAUAUAAUGUGUGUGACAGAGAACAUGUGUUGUGUAUGUAUGAUAUUAUCGUUGUAUUGGGUGAUUAUGAAAUAACACGAAAA